CGCCGCCACCAGCCGGACCCGGCGCCGCCUCGCCCCACCCCUGCGCAGCCGGGCGAGUUCCGGGCGGCGGCCCCGCAGGCCUCCCUCAACCUCCUGAGCCUCUGGCCCGGCCCGCGGCGGGCGCGCAGUCCCGGGAGUCCGCUGCCACGACCGUGCAGGUGACUGCGCCCCUCGGCCGCAGCCCCACUGCUUUUACCAUGUCCAAAGUUAACAUGUCAUUGAAAAAUGAGUCAAGAGUAAAUACCUCUGCACUGCAGAAAAUUGCUGCCGACAUGAGCAAUUUGAUAGAAAAUCUGGACACACGAGAGCUCCAUUUUGAAGGAGAGGAGGUGGAAUAUGAUGUGUUUCCUGGUGACCCCAAGGCUCAAGAAGUGUGUAUCCCUUUCUCUGCUAUUUAUAACACUCAAGGAUUUAAGGAGCCUAAUAUACAGACGUAUCUCUCCGGCUGUCCAAUAAAAGCACAAGUUCUGGAAGUGGAGCGUUUCACAUCUACAUCAAGGGUGCCAAGUAUCAAUCUAUACACUAUUGAAUUAACACAUGGGGAAUUUAAAUGGCAAGUUAAGAGGAAAUUCAAGCACUUUCAAGAAUUUCACAGAGAACUGCUCAAGUACAAAGCCUUUAUCCGCAUCCCCAUUCCCACUAAAAGGCACACAUUUAGAAGACAAAAUGUCAAAGGGGAAGCGCCUCGAGAAAUGCCCAGUUUGCCCAGUUCACAUGAAAAUAGGAUUCAAGAAGAACAGUUCUAUGGAAGAAGGAAACAACUGGAAGAUUACCUGACAAAGAUACUAAAAAUGCCCAUGUAUAAAAACUAUCAUGCCACAACAGAAUUCCUUGAUAUAAGCCAGUUAUCUUUCAUCCGUGAUUUGGGACCAAAGGGCCUAGAAGGCAUGAUCAUGAAAAGAUCCGGGGGACACAGAAUACCAGGUUUGAAUUGCUGUGGUCAGGGGAGAGCCUGCUACAGAUGGUCAAAAAGGUGGUUAGUAGUGAAAGAUUCCUUUUUAUUAUAUAUGAAACCAGACAGUGGUGCUAUUGCCUUCGUUCUGCUGGUAGAUAAAGAAUUUAGAAUUAAGGUGGGGAAGAAAGACACAGAAACGAAAUAUGGACUUCGAAUUGAUAAUCUUUCAAGGACACUUAUUUUAAAAUGCAACAGCUACAGACAUGCUCGGUGGUGGGGAGGAGCUAUAGAAGAUUUCAUCCAGAAAUAUGGCGCCAACUUUCUCAAGGACCAUCGAUUUGGGUCAUAUGCUGCUAUCCAGGACAGCACUUUAGCUAAAUGGUACGUUAAUGCCAAAGGAUAUUUUGAAGAUGUGGCAAAUGCAAUGGAAGAGGCAAAAGAAGAGAUUUUUAUCACAGAUUGGUGGUUGAGUCCAGAAAUUUUCCUUAAACGCCCCGUGGUUGAAGGAAAUCGUUGGAGAUUGGACUGCAUUCUUAAACGAAAAGCACAACAAGGGGUGCAGAUCUUCAUAAUGCUCUACAAAGAGGUGGAGCUCGCCCUGGGAAUCAACAGUGAAUAUAGCAAGCGGACUUUAGUGCGGCUGCACCCUAACAUCAAGGUGAUGAGGCACCCAGAUCAUGUGUCGUCCAGUGUUUAUUUAUGGGCUCAUCAUGAGAAACUUGUCAUCAUCGAUCAAUCAGUGGCCUUUGUGGGUGGGAUUGACCUGGCCUAUGGAAGGUGGGAUGACAAUGAACACAGACUCACAGAUGUGGGAAGCGUGAAGCGGGUCAUUUCAGGACCAUCUCUGGGUUCUCUCACGGCUGCAGUCACAGAGUCUAUGGAAUCCUUAAGCCUCAAAAAUAAACAUGAAUCUAAUAAAAAUAUUCCCAGCCCGAAGAGUCCUGAUGAUACAGACUCAAAACUGAAAGGCUUAGGAAAGCCACGAAAGUUGUCCAAACUUAACCUCUACCGGCAGCUCCACUGGCACCACCUGCACAGUAUGGACAGCCUCAGCAGCCUGGAAAGCAGCUCCAGUUAUGUUAAUCAUUAUAGAAGUCAUCAGAAUUUAAUCCAUGGUUUAAAACCCCACUUGAAACUCUUUCGCCCUUCCAGUGAGUCUGAGCAGGGACUCACUAGACCCAGCACCGAUACUGGCUCCAUCCGCAGCUUACAGACUGGCGUGGGAGAGCUGCAUGGGGAGACCAGAUUCUGGCAUGGGAAGGAUUACUGCAACUUUGUCUUCAAAGACUGGGUUCAGCUGGAUAAACCUUUUGCUGAUUUCAUUGACAGGUACUCUACCCCCCGGAUGCCCUGGCACGACAUUGCCUCUGUAGUCCACGGGAAGGCAGCUCGAGAUGUGGCGCGUCACUUCAUCCAGCGAUGGAACUUCACAAAGAUUAUGAAACCAAAAUAUCGGUCCCUUUCUUAUCCUUUUCUGCUUCCAAAGUCUCAAAUCACAGCCCAUGAGCUGAGAUACCAAGUGCCUGGGGCUGUCCACGCUAGUGUACAGUUGCUCCGUUCUGCUGCUGAUUGGUCUGCUGGUAUAAAGUACCAUGAGGAAUCUAUCCACAGUGCUUACACCUAUGUGAUAGAGAACAGCAAGCACUAUAUUUAUAUUGAAAACCAAUUUUUUAUAAGCUGUGCUGAUGACAAAGUUGUGUUCAAUAAGGUGGGUGAUGCUAUUACUCAGAGGAUCCUGAAAGCUCACAGGGAAGGAAAGCGAUACCGGGUCUAUGUUGUGAUACCACUUCUGCCGGGAUUCGAAGGAGACAUUUCAACUGGAGGAGGAAAUGCUCUGCAGGCCAUAAUGCACUUCAACUACAGAACCAUGUGCAGGGGAGAAAAUUCCAUCCUCGAACAGUUAAAACCAAAACUUGGUAAUCAGUGGAUAAAUUACAUUUCAUUCUGUGGUCUUAGAACACAUGCAGAGCUUGAAGGAAACCUAGUCACUGAACUUAUCUAUGUCCACAGCAAGUUGUUAAUUGCUGAUGAUAACACUGUUAUUAUUGGCUCUGCCAACAUAAACGACCGAAGCAUGCUGGGGAAGCGUGACAGUGAAAUGGCUGUCAUUGUACAGGACACAGAGAUGAUCCCAUCAGUAAUGGAUGGACAAGAGUACCAGGCUGGCCUGUUUGCCCAAGGACUGCGGCUACAGUGCUUCAGGAUUGUCCUUGGCUACCUUUCUGACCCAAGUGAGGACCUUCAGGAUCCAGUGAGUGACAAAUUUUUCAAGGAGGUGUGGGUUUCAACAGCAGCUCGAAAUGCUACAAUUUAUGAUAAGGUGUUCCGAUGCCUUCCCAAUGAUGAAGUACACAAUUUAAUGCAGUUGAGAGACUUCAUAAACAAGCCCAUAUUAGCAAAGGAAGAUCCCAUCAGAGCUGAGGAGGAACUAAAAAAGAUCCGUGGAUUCUUGGUGCAAUUCCCCUUUUACUUCUUGUCUGAAGAAAGCCUGCUGCCUUCUGUUGGAACCAAAGAAGCCAUAGUGCCCACAGAGGUUUGGACUUAAGAGAUAUACGUGACUGCAGCACAAAGACUUCUCCCUUGAAGCCCACAAUGCAUGCAGUGACUUCCGGGGCACCUCACAGCCAAAUCCAGUCCAAUGUACUCUCAGGUCCAACACAUGGACCCUUUGGAGUGACUGCAAAAGGCUGUGAUCAUACUGAUGUAAGGACACUGAGCAUCACCAAGACUAUAUAAUUUCUCCUGCCUAUCCUUGUAAAAGGGGACUGCAUUCUUCUUGGUAGCAUUGACCUCAACAUCUUAAAACAUAGCCAGAUUCCGUGGUAUAUACCAAAAUCCAUUUCCUUUGCUAAUAAGAAUUUAUGUGUAACUGUGAUCCAGGUUGCCAAAAGUUCCUUCAUCUUCUCUGACCUCCAAUUAUGCAGCCACUGCAUAACUUGCCCUCAUCAUUUAUUCCAUACAGCACUGCUUGAGAUACCCUUUAUUGCUAGAAGAUAUUCUGGGGCUGCCUCGACUUUCCUCCAGGUUACAGGGCUGCUCUUGCCCAUCUGGUCCUGUAAUAGUUGUGGUCACCCAACCAAGGAUGUGGUCAUUAUUUCUUUUCAGUCACUAUAGGGACAGGACAGACUUUAGUCUACUCAGCAGCCAGUGCUCUGAUAACGUUAAUGCUGUAUCUUGACACCACAGAGCAACAGGAAAGAAUUAAAUUCCAGUACUGAAGGAGAGAUUUCACUUUGCCCCCUAAAGCACUGCCAAGAUGUGUCCUUCUAAUAGAGACCAACUGAUAAAAUUUGAAAACAUGCAUAGAAUAUUUGAGUAUUUGAUUACACAGCACACAGAUAAAACUUAGAUGGAGCAUACAUCCUUCAGAAACCUCCAGUGUCAGUGGGAAUCUGAACCUGAUAAGAUUCCUUAUAGUCCUGUGAAAUUUUUAUCAUCCCUGAUUGAUUGGAAUUUGAAUUUCUUCAUUUCAUAGUCAAAGAAGUCAUUGCAAUUUGCCUUUCAAGAGAAUCAAAGGUUUCAUAAUUCCUGACAAGUUAAUAAAUCUAACUUUAUCUGACAGUCACUAUGUUAUCAUGUUUAAGAAAAAAUGAUUAUAAAAUAUAUGCUGUUUUGCUUGCAUUAUUAAAUAUAAUUAAUAUUCCACCAGGGCUUCCAAAGAAGCUAGAGUAUAGCCUGAAGAGCUUAUACCCUUAUAGCCUGAAGAGCUAGAGCGGGUUCCCAAGAGGCCUGUGAGCGAUAAACAGAGUACAAGUACAGAGAUUAUGCACACGGACAGGUCGCUGGGACAGAAUCCCCUUGGGGUUUCUCAAAGCAAGCACUCAAUCUCUAUUUUCAUGAAGUAAUAUGCAGGCCAGAAAAAAGACCACAGAGUCAGUGAUACCUACUAGUAGAAGAGAUAGUGUCACACUUGAGAGGAUUUCACAGCUAGAGAAAUGAGGUGAAAUUUUCUAAGUAGCUCUGAGUAGUUUUUAUUAGUAAAUAACUUAUUUUUAAUAUGGCUGAAGAUGGUAAAAUGACUUAAUUACUUAGCUGUUGUAAAUGAGACAUUUUAUGUUGAUGAAAAUUUAGAUUGGACUUUGAGGUCUUGAGUGUAUGUGGAAUACCUAAAGGAUUCUUUUAUUUUAUUUAAAAAUAUUUUGCAAACCUUAGAACAAUGAACAAACUGACCCUUGGUUUUGUGCAAAUUGUUCUUAUAAAAACAUGAAAAAUAAAAGAGCCUAAAAGGACCCUUUCCCUUAAUAAGUCAUUUAAUCCAAUCCCUCCCCAUUUUAUAGAUGAGGAAACUGAGGCUCAUAUUGGAUGAAGGUCUGCCUUAAACCCACAAUAUGUAGAUGGCAGAACUGAGACUAGCAAAAUUGCUGCGGUCUGUUGUUGGCCUCUCCACUUCACCAUAGCCCAAACAUGAGGAUGUGCAGGAAAUAAAUUGUAGACAGGUUACCUUUAGGCUGUUUUGAAUCCUGCCUGUCUCUGCCUAAUAGGAUGGAAGGGCCACAAGGCAGGGAUUUCACUGUGUAUUGUUCAUAGUGUGACCCCAGAUGGCUCACAGGAGAUUCAGUGUCUGUGGAAUGAAUACAGAGGAGGAGAGGGCUAAUGAAAAGAAAAGUUUGCUGAGCCUCAGGCCAGAAAUCUUACUGUUGGUUUCUCUUGCAAGUUUUUCUACUUCUUAGAGGCAAGAUUCUUAUCUGCAAAAAAAAACAACAAAGUUGAUGUGGAGGGAUCUUAUAGAAAAUUCAAAGCAAUAAUUUUUUCUUAUGCAGUAGCAGUUUACAAAGUGCAACAUUCUGCAAGAAUUGCAUGGAAUGUGGGCAUGAGAUGUACUUAUGACCUAAUUACCUAUCAUGUCUGGACCCCAUUAAUACCUACUGGAAGUUCAAAUGAUGUAUCUUAACAUCGAAAUGUCUGAUAACUUUAGAAUAUGUCAUGUAAAAACUUGAAAAAUUAUUAUAAAUUGUUCAACAUUUCAAACUGACUAUAAUCUUUUAAAAUACCUAUAAAUGCUAUACCUGACAUUCUGUAAAUAUCUGUAAUUAUUUUUGUUUCUAAGAAGGAAAAAUUCUAUUAUUACAAUAAAUGAAGGGUAGAAAGUGGUAAUGGCCUGGGAGAGUUAUUCAUUAGAGGAGAUCGAAGGACUAGCAGUUCUAGCAUAAUUAUGUGUUCAGAUCAGGGGUCAGGCCAUGACUCAGCCUUCUGUGGGAAGGAAGUUCUUAAUUUUUAGCUGUAACACAUCACAGAGGGGUGUGGAAAGCCAAUCAUUAGAUAAUCCUGUGGCAUAUUGUGAAACAAAACCCUGUUUCAAAAUAUCUUCGGAAGAAAAUUUUGUCUGUAGGCACUCAGAAUAUGGACAGCUAAUUUCUUAUGUAAGAACUUGGUGAUUGUGUCAUGACUGAACAGUCUUAGAUGGCAGCAGCAAACCGAGAAAUCAUUUCGCAGAUGUGAGACAAAGAACAGAUUUUUAUGUAUAUAUAAUAAAGAACCUGUACUUCUUUCUUA